CAGAUGCUUGUAAAGUUUUGUCGGACAGAUGAAUAAUUUGACCAACGUCGUAGAUACCAGCUUUAUAAAACUUAUUAUUUACAUAUUAUGUUAGUAUUAUACGCUUAGAAUUUUGACGAUCUGAUAUUUUAUUACAUCAAAGUGUAAACAUUGGAAUUACCUAUUUUAAAUAAAAAUGGCUAGUGAAGUCGAAGAUACUUUAAAACGUAUCCAAUCUCAUCGUGGAGUAAUCGGUACAAUUGUAGUAAAUAAUGAAGGCAUUCCUAUUAAGUCGACUUUAGAUAAUUCAACUUCUGUUCAAUAUGCUGGAUUGAUACAGCAGUUGGCUGAUAAAGCUAGGAGUGUUGUGAGGGAUUUGGAUCCGUCUAACGAUUUGAUGUUUUUACGGAUGCGUACUAAAAAACACGAGAUAAUGGUGGCACCAGAUAAAGAUUUCAUAAUGAUCGUAAUUCAAAAUCCAACAGAAGCACAGUCAUAAAAGAACAAUUUUUUUAAUAAUAUAAUAAUUCUUAAAAUGCACUUAAAUUUAAUUUUAAAUAACAUCCAAAAAUAGUAAUUUGUAAAUAUUUAUUAGUUAAUUACAAAUAAUAUUGUACAUACUAAAUAUUGAUUUUUAUAAUUUUAUAUAACACUUACUCAAGCAUUUUAUUUUAAUUUCCUCUACAAACUAUUUAUUUUAUUUUUUCAUAUUUUUUAUUGUUACACAUUACCUUUUUUUCAAUUUCCAAUAUAGUUGCGAGCAUUUACUAAAAGUAAAUUAUUACAAUUUCAUAAUGUUCCUAACUAAGUUAAAAAAUCAAGUAUUCUAAAACACUGAUAAUAUUCUUUUUUUUUGAGCUUGAUUUUAGCCAAUAGGUAAUCCUUAAUCUAACUACACAAAAUUUGUUCUAUUCACCCACAAAUUUGCUAUGUUGUCCUAUUUCAAGAUAGAAACAACACAUUCAGAUAUUGUGUCUUCUUAGUUCUUAGAGCAGUAGAAAACAAGGACACUGUACGAUUAUAAGUCUUUUUUCAUAUUUUAUAUGAUUAAAAAUGCUUUUUAAUAUUUAAAGUAUGUUGCUUAUUUUUGAUAUCAUGUUGUCCAUAUUUUAUGCAUUUAAUUUAUUCUGUUGUGGUCUAGUUUGAAUAUUAUUGUCGUGCUUUAGCCCUUUAGAUACUUUUAUAAUAUUUAAAAUAAGCAAAAUAUAAGAGUAACAAAUAAAUAAACAUUAUUUUAUUUUGA